GUGGCUUUAGGGGCCCAAUUCCGGGGAAUGACAUCCCUUGCAGACACUGUUUUCCCAGUCGACAGUGUCGUAAGCUUUACUGAGAACGGGCCUUGUAGAGGCCCAGCAAUAAUGCACCAAUUGGCACCCCAUAUGUGUGUCAUCUCUAGCCAUACAUUCGAAUUAGCCUAUGACCGGAAUCUCGCCGCGGUUGCGCAGCUGACCUCCUUCGCCGGAAACGGCCAUCCGUCCGAAGGCGGCUCCGCUGAGGUCGAAAUGGAUGCGGCCGUUAGAACAGUACCCGCCGGGGCACUCGUCGGUGAUAAUGACAGUGACGGCCCUCCUCGUACAUAUCGACGAGUCCAAGCACUUCACCUUGUAACACGCGCCGCACCCUUCGCCGUCCUUGAACAGCACCGGGCUCACCGCCCCGACCCGAGCCCUGAACGGCUUCACAGAUCCGUAACCACACGCGCCGCCGUCGCUUCCGUCGCCCUCCGGGCUGCCGUACCACGUGGCCGUAGCCUUCUGCCACUUCUGGCCGGCGAGAACGUUGGAUGCGGCGGCCGGGCCGGCCAGAAGGACGAGAAUGAAAAUGUAGCCGAGGCCCUCCAUGACGCGCCUCUUAAGGGCGGCGCGUGA